ACGAUCGAUGUGAAGAGAUCAAGAGAUGAGCGGACAUAAACCUUCACACUCAACGCCAUUCUUGAAAAGUGUACAGCCCUAAUAGAAGCCUCAUUAUGGAGAACCCUAUAGCAUUUCUGCAUCCCGGUCCCGAUGAGAAGAAGUCUUCUUUCAGGCAUUGGAUAGUUGCUUUUAUUGUGUGCAACUUUAACGUUGAUUUGGGGCCUGAGAUCGAGCUCGUAUAUCCCCCCAAUACGCCGUUCUCCCAAUCCGACCUCUCCGCGAUAUGCUUCAACAGCUUCCCAGAACGACAUGACGCAGACGUCACGGAGGAUCUCGGCUUCCAAUUCACCAUUCGGAACAACAGUCCUAAUGUCAGGCUUGAGUCUCCCAACGCCCCUUACGGGAGCGCGACUCUCCUCCACGGUAACUGUAUCUUCCGACAGGAGUUCGAUACCACAAUCAAGCGGAGUUUCAAUCAACGGACGAUGUGUAUCAUCUCAAAUCAACCAUUUCCUGCGUUGUUCAUGCAUGUUCUGCAGAGAAUGACGUCGGAAACUGACUUUAGCAACCCGAACGUGUUGGAGCAGGCGUUCUUACACAUCGCGAGCUGGCCAACCCCUUCGGUUGGGAGCCACAGCUUGCCCUUCAUGGGAUCUGUUUUGCCUUUCGAGAUCGCUCCACACGCUGCGUUUCCGCUUCAAGGGCUGCGUAGCGCGCAACUCCUAUCUUCCUCCAGCGCCUUCAUGGAAUCACAACGACUUAUCCACGCCUAUGAGCCCGUCGGAGACUGGGAGAAGUUGUUGCCUCACUUUCCGUCGAUAUCAGAGCUCUUCGUCCUGUUCGAGCGGCUCAUCCUCUGUGAGAGUAUUAUUGUCUUCUCCCGAAGUCCUCAACUGUGCAGCGAGAUGGUGUCGGCUCUUGUCGACUUGGUGAAGCCCAUCCCGUACGCUGCCAUCUGCAGGCCGUAUAUGACGAUGCAGUCCGAAUUCAGUGGCACCGGCGCGAGUCGCGGGCUUCCACGCCAGUUCUUGAUCGGCAUCACGAACCCGUUCAUGCUCCAACGCAUUCUAGGCCUUGCGGAGGAGCUGAAUAUCACGCGGCCACACGUCAUCUCGCUUGGACCGUCCGACAAAUCGGUGCGGAUCAAAUCGCAAAACUCUCAGAAGCGGAAGGACCACCAUACGAUGGACUUCCCCAGCGGUAUGGAUGCCCAGAACACGUCCAAACGAUACAUCAAGACGGACCGUGAGUUCGCCGGGACCGUCGAGUCGCUCCUUCGCGGGACGCUUUCGUCCUCGCACAGCUCUGCGAACGAGGAUGUCGGGUCUUUCGUGCGCCGCUACUUCGGGCAACUCACCGCACAAUUCCUCGCGCCCUUCAACCGAUACUUCGCGAGCACGGCCCAGGCCGCCUCGACGACCGACACGGCGUUCCCCUCGACAACACGGCCCGAUGCGCCUCAGUAUGCCAGUUUCUCCCUUACCGCGUUCCUAGCGAGCCUCGGGAAGCACGGCACGGGGGUCACCUUUCGCGGGCAAGCGCCGCUGCAGCGCCACCGCGCCCGGGACGCGAUGUACACCGCGUUCUGCUCGUCGCCGAACUUCUACGCGUGGUUGGAGAUGAAGUUAGGGCUGGAGAAGGAGGCGACGGCGGGGCUUCUCGGGAGCGGUGAAUGAGACCCCCCC